AUGCUGGGAGUGAGGCCCCGCAGCCCCAGCUUCGACCCCGAGCCCUGCUGGCCACCGCAGCCACAAGGAUCCAGCCCGGCCAAGCGCCGCCGCCUCCACGAGCCCGCCCGCCACGAGCCCCUGGCGUCGCCAGACAUGGAAGCGCCCGCCGGACCCGCCAGCGACGCGCUCACCUCCGUGGUGUUCCUGGCCGCCGGCUGCGCCAUGCAACUGCAGCUGGAAGACGUCGACCUGCUGCUGGAGCCCGAGCCCACCUCGGUCCUGCAAGUGUCGCUCCCUGGACACACCUUAAUCCUCGUCCCCGAGGGCCUCCAGUCUUCCGCCCAUCUUGGACUGCCUGGGUUCUGGUCCGCCAGCCCGCAGGAGGCGUCUCUCCUGGACAUACCCCAGGACCACCUCGUCGUCCUCCCACAGGGAUCCUUCUGUGAGUACGUCUUAGACAGCUCCUACCAAGAGGACGCCUGUGAAGAAGAUGUAGACUUGGGCUUCUUGGCGCCUUUGGCUAAACCUCUAGCUGAUCAGGCCUCUGGGCUCCUUUCCUACACCAGGAUGCCCAGUCCUUGGCCUCAGGGCCGCAUCACAGAGCCACAUGCUCCGAUGGCCUCCUCUAAUGCAGAGCGAUAUUCUCCUAGGGCCAUCUGGGACCUGGACAGCUACCUGCUGGGACCCUUCCCUAGCUCACCGCUUCAGCCUCUGCCUCCAUCUCCUCCUCCGAGUCCUCAAGAGCAGCGCCCUCCACACCCUCCACACUCUCCACGGGCCCCGUGCAAGGCCCGGAGGCGACUGUUCUGUGAAUGA